GGCUCACAGGUGUGUAUUUCUAUAACUAUUCUUUUGUCACAUCUUGUGUUCCCGAUUGCCUUCGCUCAUGGCGUCCUUUGCUUUUGCCCUUAUGACCUUGGGGUUUCCUGCUGUGGCAGAGAAACCGCAUGUGUUGUUCAUCUUGGCUGACGACUAUGGCUGGGGCAACAUGGGUGUACACCGUCGUGAUGCCGGAUCCUCCCCUGAAGAGAUUCAAGGACAGGCGGAGGUGCAGACACCAAACAUCGAUGCCCUGAUUGAUGCUGGGGUGCUCUUGGAUCGUCACUACACCUACAAGAUUUGUUCCCCAACUCGUUCUUCCAUCCAAUCUGGGCGCUUGGCGGUGCAUGUGAAUCCCAUCAAUUCGGCGGUCACUUCACAGAACUAUGAUGACCCUGUGAGUGGAUACGCUGGCAUCCCUCGCAACAUGACAGGCAUCGCAGAGAAGUUGCGGGAUGCCGGCUAUCGCACCCAUCUGGUGGGAAAGUGGGAUGCCGGUAUGGCGACCCCUGAGCACACACCAAAGGGUCGUGGCUAUGAGACCUGGUAUGGCUACUACCAACAUGCCAACGACUAUUGGCACAAGAGCACCGUCUUUUUCGCCACAGGUGAGGUGGAUGCUUGUUUGAAUCGCAUGAAAGAUCUUUCCAUGCACAACAGCAGCUACAGUGGUCCGGUGCGGAAUGCCACCUCCUUGUCUGCCGCGUGUGAAGAGGAUGAGGAGUCGGAUCCGGCAUGCUAUGAGGAAUAUCUCUUCAAAGAGAGGGUCCUGGAGAUCAUCCGAAACCACGAUGUCAGCAGCCCACUGUUCCUCUUCUAUUCGUUUCACUUGAUCCAUACUCCUCUGCAGGCCCCCAAGGCUUGGUUGCACAAGAUCGACGACAUGGUGAAGGCCGCAGGAGGCAAACCCUUCGACGAUCAGAACCGACGUCUCUACGCGGCCAUGACGCUCUACAUGGAUGCGGCCAUUGGAGAAGCUGUGGAGGCAUUGAAGAAGAAGGACAUGUAUGACAACACCUUGAUUAUCUUCACCUCAGACAAUGGUGGCCCAAUCUACGAGCCCGGUGCUGCCUCUAAUCAUCCUUUGCGCGGCAGCAAAUACAACGAUUGGGAAGGUGGUGUCCGGACCAAUGCCUUUGUCUCAGGUGGGUUCAUCCCCGCUGAGCGUCGUGGCAAGAAGUUCGAGGGCAUCGUCAACGUGGCCGAUUGGUAUGGCACCCUGACAGAGCUGGCAGGGGUGGACAUGGAGGACAAAAAGGCCGAGGCGGCCAAUGGCUGGCUGAAGCAGAAGGGCUUGCCAUUGCUGCACCCGGUGGACAGCGUGCCCCAGUGGAAGAACAUCAUCAACGACAAGAAUGGUCGUCCCGACGCCAUGCACCUGAGCAGCAAGGCUGUGCUGAUGUGGCCCUACAAACUGGUCACUGGCAAGCAGCCCUUGAGUGCUUGGGUUGGGCCCAACUAUCCCAACUGCUCCACCGUGAAGUCGAUUGAUGACCACAAUGGACCCCUGCCGGCUCCGGAUGAUGUGAAGAUCUUCGGCGAGUCCAUGCCCUUGGCUCCUACCCCCGAGGAAGUGGACCGUCAAACCUGGACCAUCGACUGUGGCGCGGGAUGCCUGGUGAACGUCAGGGACGACCCCACGGAGCAUGUGAACCUGGCAGCGGAUCCCAAAUAUGCCUCCAUUUUGAGCAAGAUGCAGGAGACAUUGAAGGAGAUGAACAAGGACCUCUUCAACCCGGACCGCGGCUUGGAUCGCGUGGCGGCCUGCGACGUGGCCAUCGAACAGGACCGCACCUUCGGACCCUUCGUCCACGCGGAGGACUUCUACAGCCCGGCGCCGGAGAAGGACUUCGGGCAGAGGUUCAGGGAUCAAGUGCUCAGUAUGACCUUGCACACUUUGAACAGUGACAAGGUGAAGGAGCCCUUUGUGAGUGCCCUGAAGAAAAUGGGAACAAAAGCUUUCCAGAACAUGAACACUGACAAAUGCCUGGUGCCAUCGCGUGAGGCUGUGAGUGAGCAAUACACCCAAUUCACCGUGUGAGUCCUCCAACACAGAGUUGGAUCGUUUUCAACUACACACUGCCAAAACCAUUUAAAGAUGUUGCCAUAUGUUGCCUAUUGCCAGUGUGAGUUGCCGGAAGCCG